AUGUCUGCAGCUGCCUGGCGUCAGUACUUUACGUACAACCGGUACACUUCCAUCUGCGCCCGCGCGACCCGUCAGGCGCUCAAGGAAGAGGAGCGCGUCAAGGCCGAACGUCGCGGUGCACAGGCGCUCCGUUUCCAGGAGUGGAAGGACGGCAAGGCAGGCGACAUGCACAACAUGGGUGAUGCCGCCAAAAAGAACGACGGUGGAAAAGCUCCUGUGUAG